CCUGAAGAGGAAGCGGGCGUUCGCUGAUGUCGUGCACUCAGUCGCCCACAAACGCGCUCGGAAGGGACCCGCGUCAGCCAGGUUCGCGGCGUACGAGGUCUGUCAUGGCUCGGGCUCAUCGCGUCGCUUUCUGUGUGCUGCUUGCCGUCGGCUAUUGCUUCGCCGCAGGCGACGUUAUUACUCCCGAAAAAUGCGGAGGUGACUUCACGGAAGUGCGGGUGAACCCAUGCCCGCAGUUGCCCUGCAACUUUGAGAGAGGAAAGGCUGUCGGCAUCGAAGUGGACUUUACUCCAGAGGCCAACUUCGACAGGCUUCAGGCUACGUUCAAAGGAGAGCUGACACCGGGCACCUGGCUCCCUCUACCAGGAUUCAAGAAAAACGCCUGUACGAAAAGUGGUCUUGAGUGCCCUCUGGAAGCUGGAAAGCGGUACACUUUCUCCAAGCAGAUUUCAGUGCUUCCUUCGUUCCCAACGCUUGAAAUCAAGGCAGAAGUCCGACUGAAAGCGGACAAUGGCACGACGAUCUUCUGUUUUUACGUGCCCGUGAAGAUUGUCUGAAAGUCUUCACACCCACAGGGGACAACGAAGAAUCCAUUCUGUCGCUGCUCUACCAAGCUGUGAAGUCCUCAAGAUGAAAACGACACGUGGUAUACUUGAAACACCCAAGUGCAAUUUGCGGCACAAUCUUGAGAACAGUUGUUUUGUUACAUUACGCAGCUGAAUACAGGGCCUGUGACAGCUGCACAUACAAAA